AUGGCUUUUGAGCAGUCGCGCAGAUCCGGAGCAAUGGCCCAGGAGGAGGUGGAGCCUUACAUGAAAAAGGAAGACUUAACACAGAAGCAUGCUAAUCCCGCAGAGUACGAGCAAGAGCAGGCGCUGACGCAGAAGGGACAGGAGGUCACGGCGGCGCAAGGCAAGGAAGAUCUUCCGGCAACGCACGAAGACGGGCUGAAGCGCGGCGAGGAAGCCCUCUCGAGCGCUGAGGAGUCCGCAUCCGGCGGCGGUUUUUUCGCACCGCUGAAGAACCUCGCGUCGCGUUUCAUGGGCCACGCGGCUCCAGAAACCGAGGGAGCUUUCCAGACCGGGUUGGACAUUCCGAUUAACACACAGGAUGAACCCGCCGCUGGUGACGUGUCAGCUGACAGUCAGGCUACACGUGGCGGCCAGGUGGACACGGCGGAGCGCGGGUUGAACAUCGGAUCGGGUAGGGAGGAAGCCGUUGGGGUGUCGCCGCAGCAGGAGAGGGAGCGAAGCGCAGAGAUGGCGAAGGAGAGUGCUAAGGAGGAAGCUCGUAAGGCGACUGAAGAGGCGAAGGAGCACGCUGCGAGUGGAUGGGACGCAAAACGUGGCGUCGCGGAAACUUCGGAGUCGAUCAAGCAGACGGCGAAGGAAGCUUCCGAGGCGUUCAAGCAACCAGCGGCGCGGGAUUCAAGUGAAGAUGUGAAGAUGAAAGCCGGCGAGGGUGCGGCUGCGUCCGCGCAACGCGCUGCGCCAGAGGAGAUGCAGAAGGCGGCGGAAGGAGCAGCGGUGGCGGAGAGGAAAGCGGAGGAUGCGCGCGCAGGCUUGGCGGGGGGGAUAGAGGAGACGGAAGGGAAGGCGGUCCAGGCGCGAGAGGAGGCGGAAAAGCAGGCGGAGGAAAGCGCACAGGGAAUGAAGGAGAUUGCGCAAGAGGCGCAGGCGGAGGCGCAGGCGGCGGGGGAGAAGGCGCAAGGGUCGCUGGAGGAGAUGGCGGAGCGCGCGCGCGGGGUGAUGGAGCGCACGCUGGAAAGCAUCCAGGAGACCGUCGAGGCCGCGCGUGAGCGGUCCGCGCAGGCGGGGGAAACGGCGGAGCAGGCGGGCGAGUCGGCGAGGGAGGUGGGGCGGGAGGCGUACGAGAAGGGGAAGGGAUUCGCGGCGGAGACCAAGGACGCGGCUGUGAUCCCCGUCGCUGUCGCCAUCCCUAUUCCAUUGCCGCUCCGUUUCAGAGUCUCUGCGGCUGCGGAGCGCACAUCGGAGGGCAUUGAGUCCGCGCAGGAGGGCGCGAAGGGCGCAUACGCGCGCACAGCUGAAAACAUCUCCGCGUCCGCCGCUGGCGUGCGCGACACUGGCGCAGCCGCGACGGGCACUGUUGCCGGCGCGAUGGGGCAGAUGUUUCAGUCGUUCGCGGAGGUGCUAGGCGUUGCAGGAAAGCACGCCCCUGCGGAUGUGCCACGAGUGGAAGUGCCACGAGUGGAAGUGCCACGAGUGGAAGUGCCACCAAUGGAGUCGUCACCCGCGGAAGCGCCAGCGGCGCAGGGUUUGCUUGCUGCGGACGUGAAGGGUGGUGGAGAGCGUGGUACGAGUGGUGAGAGUGGGAUUGUCAGUGGUUCGCAUGGUGCUGCUGGUAUUGGUGAGGAAUCUGGUGCUGGGCAUGCGGGAAUCUCCCAUGAUGGGACGGCGGCCACUGAGACAGCAGCAGGUAGAUCCGCAGUGAAAUCCCCUUCAUCAGAUGAACGAGAGCAGGCUAAGGUGAGGCGGCAGAGUGUGAAGCAUGCUGGACUGCUAGAAUCAGUUGCAACGGCUGCUGAGCAUGUGAAGGAUGCUAUGGUGGGGAGGAGUGUGGGAGGAGGGGAGGAGGAUGUGGAGAGUGCCAAGAUGGCUGAUCCUGAGCUGGGAAGGCUGGUGAAGGAGGCAAAGCAAAAGGAGCAGUAG